AUGGAUUCUGGAAGCAAUUUGCCUACGCCGGACGGCUUUCCUGAUGAAGAUCGUCAACAAUUCUGCGUGUCAUGGAACUCGUAUCAGUCUAAUAUGCACAAUGCAUUUCCUAAGUUGCUGAGUUCGGAGCAGUUCGUCGAUGUUACCCUGGCCUGCGACGGCGGUUCCAUUAAAUGUCACAAGGUGGUCCUUUCUGCAUGCAGCGACUACUUGGAGCGCUUGCUGUUAGAAAUUCCCUGUACACAUCCCAUCAUCUUUUUGAGGGAUAUGCGCAUGUGGGAGCUUCAGGCUCUCGUUGAAUUCAUGUAUCGAGGGGAAGUCUACGUUGAAAAGCAACAAAUUAACAAGCUUAUGUCGGCAGCUGAAGCUCUCCAGGUUCGAGGUUUGUCAAACCAGGCAACCAAGGAGCACAGUUCCUUGAAUGACACUGUUAAUUCUCAACUCGGUAACUCAUCCACUACUCCCGCCGAAAUGUCGCCUACAAAGCAGGAUGAUGCUGGCUCGUAUAAGGGUGACGAUACAUCGGAUGACGCCACCAGCACUAGCUUCAUGGAAACAGCAGUAAAUGUUGGUUCUACUAGCAUCACCAGUUCUCCUCAGCUCUCUAUUUCUACCGGACCUCCGCCACCUCAACUGGGAGUAGUUAAUACUCCCAAUUACUUAAAUACCGAACACACAGAGGCGGCACUGCACCACUUGCAAAGCGCCCUCAGCGCAUGCGAGGCUACACUCACUGAAUCUUCUGGCAUGGUCAAAAUGGAACCCGAUGAACAAUUCUCCCAACAAGAAAAACCGUAUUCUAUCAGUCUGGUGCCCAGUAACUGUAAUCCUGGCAGCCCCUUUCCAGCCAUCGAAGGAUAUCAAAGACGACAGCGGCGAUCAGAAGAGGAACUGAAACAGGCAUCUGACAUGGUAGCACGCGGCAUGACAUUUCAAGUAGCAUCGGAAAAAUACAAAAUCCCAAUUAGUACGAUCCGCUUUUACAUGGUACGGAAGGGAAUCUUGCAGAGGCGAAAACGAGGGCGCGGUGCAGGCAACAUGCCUGGAAUGAACAGCCAGCCAAGCAGCCCUGCGAGUCCGCCCUUUCACAUGAUGAAUUUCCGCCUGCCGGAGAGCCUAAACUCCAGCCUACAGUAGUUUUAUGCGCCAGCAGUAAGUUUCUAGACUUGAGUUGAGUCGAACAAAUUCAAUGUCGCUAACUUAGAGCUGUUUUAGACAAUGUCAUUUCCUUCCGAGCGACCCGCGUCGAUCUAUGAGUUGUGGCUUUUUCUUUAUAUUCGCCAACAUGAAUCAAAUUUCGUAUUAUAAAAAUAUACGAAGGUUCGCGUAAAUAUAAUCAAUUAUCCAAGAAACAACAGUUGAUUGCAUACUGACUGCUGCAUAUUUAUGCAUUAUUUCAGUCAUAAACAGCUCUUUUCUCGUGUAAAUAAAUCUUAUAUAAAAUGGUUUAGAAGCACAACAUAAGGCAGCCAAUUUUGCAGGAAUCGAUCUCAGCUUUCGAGCUCAUAAAAUCAUAAAACAGAUGAUUCUUUUCCUUAUCUCUACCAUCUACGUUACCGCGAACGACGAUUAAUUACUUAUUUACUUACUUAUAUAUCUACUUAUCUACUUUUUUUACCUCGUUUUAUUUAUGUACGCUGCUAGAUAAGUUUACUCUUUGGAUAACGAGCAAUUUUGCUUCUCUUAUGUUGUGGUUUAUGAAAAAUUAUGCGGUUGAUUUUAGAUGUGUUUCUUUACUAAGCGACUGAUGACUUCACUUGUUCGCUUAAGUGAGUCGUUGCUCCCGAAAUUUUUAUUUUACGUUUUUAAUCAACCUGACUUUCCAUGACUAGGGCCGAAAUUUCGUGUACCUUUCUCGUUUCAUAAGAAAUAGUCUGCCUAGAAAAGCAUUUUAUUACUUUUAUUUUCAUAGUCAAAUUUUUUAAAUGGAAUGCAAUUUAUUCAGCAUUCGUGUUCCACGAGUCAGUUCAUUGCUGCUCACGAAUCGGCGGGACAGAGCAAUGCAUUUUUCAAGUCGAACGCGAAAGUAUAAGGCGUUGCGAUGUCUUUGUUUACGAAUGGAUAAUCCCUUCUAGAGAUUUCGCCGAGCCUGUAAUUGGUUGCAAAACAAUAAUUCAUUAUCGAAAUACUGCUGAAUUGUGCAGAUUUUCGGUAAUUGACUGUAGAUACGGUUCGGUGAAUCUCGACCAAUAAGAUCAAAAAAUGAAAAGAAAAAAAAACAGAAAAAUAGAAAAUGAGAAAGACAGAAAAGAGUAAAGAUAGAAAAAACACUUGCCGCAUAUUAUCAUGUAACGCUUUAGAAGUUACUGCCCUGAUCAUAAUAUACAGAUAUUUUUGUAGACAUUGCAAGGGAAAGUGCAUUUUUUUGCCCGACUGUAUGUACCUUACUGACUUACAUAUUGCAAGGACUGGUAUUUGUUCAAAACUUUACCCUUAGCUUCGUUAGGCAUCACACGAGACUACAAAUUACGAUUUAUCUAGAAUAAUAAUAAUGAUAAUAAUAAUAAUGCUUUUAACAUGUUAGUGUACAAAAAAGAAACAAGCCUGUAACUGAACGUAGAGAUUUGCCAAUUCUUAGGAAAAUGAGAGAACUAGAAGCUUUCUCUUUUUCGUGAAAAUUGGCUCUGCCUUUUCAAAGAAUUCUCAUUACAUGACAGCAGCGGCGGCGUAUAUGAAGCGUAAAUUGUACGAUGUAUUGCCUUUGUUAAAUAGCAUUCAGAUGAAGCCAUAUUUUUCCAUUAAUGCAAUAAACGAGCAGUGAACACUAAAGUAAAAGCAUAAUCGGGAAAGAGUGCCGGAUACAAUAGUAGUAGUAGGAGUAGUAGAAGUAGUAGUAGUAGUAGUAGUAGUAGUAGUAGUAGUAGUAGUAGUAGUAAUAAUAAUAUUAUUAUUAUUAUUAUUAUUAUUAUUAUUAUUAUUAUUAUUAGCCUCAAGUAUAGAUCUUACUACAUAUUUUUUUAAAUUGGGAAUCCCCAAUUGCGUCAUCUAUGCGGCAAAAAAAUGAACUCGCGUCAGAUUAUCGAUUUUUUCAAAUGUAUUUUAAUUUGUGCACUUUUAAUUUUUACACAAAAAUUAAGGCUUUGUUUUAGAGUCGGUGCAAGAAAUACUUUAUAAUAAUGGAAGAAUUUGUUCUCGAUAAAUCUUGAUUUUUCUGAUUCGCUUACUUUUUUUAAACUACGUAAAACAAUCGCAACAUCUUUGUGCAAAUUGAAAUACAUCUUGAACAUUAUACCUGCUUAUGGCAGACAUUACAUUUAAAGCGGCAGUAGCAUAUCCACAGGAUUUAGGACCCAAUACUAUUUUAUAAACUUACCAAGGUAGCUUAUAUUUAUCGCGUAUUUUUUCACACUCAGUGGCAUUAUUUUUAGUCAUGGGAUGUCGUUAUUUUCCGAGUUUGGAAGAGCUUUAAUUGUGAAUGGGGUAUCUUUUGAAACUUUGAUGAAAUAUGAAAAUAUCCUAUGUCACUGAUAACAAGGGUUGUAAACAAAUUUAAACUUUGUACAUUUUCAUUGAAGCCUAAACACCUUUAAGUAAAUGAAGAAAUUAUAAACUUUAAUUUUUUAAGAAUGAAUUUUAAAUAUUUUAUUUGAUAAAUAUACUAGCUUUAAAUUUUUUUAUCUUCUCUUAUUAGAAUUUUUUCAUAGAAAUUAAAUUUUUUUAAUCACAUGCUUAAAUUGCCUAAAAUUUAAUUACAUUAUAUUGUUUCCUAUACAUUUUUUCUAAGUCUGCAAACUUUUGCAAGAACGAUUGUCGAUUAUCUUUUCUGGUAAAAAGAAAAUUGUCCAUUUUUUCCAAAUUUAAUUUCCGCUGCAAAAUAUUACGGAAGUCAUUUCUCUAUAAUCUUUGAAAAAAUCUCAAAAUCUUGCUCAGCAUUUUUUAACCAGCGUGAAAAAAUGUAGUCUGAAUUAACAAAGAAUGAUCAACUAGUUUCCAAGGAGAAAGUGUCUAUGCGUACUGAAAAAUUGAGCUGUUUUUACCGUAAUUUCGGUACAAAUAGUACCCUUUUCAGCUCUAUUUGUACCGAAAAAAAUCCGGCAAUUUGUACCGAAAUUUCGGUACACGUAGCAUCGGCCUUCCGAGACGGUUUUUUUAUGAGCUUAUUUAUUGUUCACAUAAAGAUUGUUGUUUAUAAACCUUUUUAUUAUAAAAGGUGUUUCUAAUUUUUCUUGGGCACUUUUUCACAUUUCCAAACAAAACCUACUAGAAAUGCCCGUAUUGGUUAAUACUCAAAUAAAAAGUCGCAAAAUAAUGACAGCCCUAAUGUAGAUUUUAAUUUAAUUUCCACUGUCGUAGUCGAUUACCAAAUCGAGAUCUCUGGUCGAUUAUUUCCAUAGACCGUAGAACGAAAGUAAUGACUAAUUUUGGUCUAACUUUUGGGAGAAAUCAUCCACCGAUCUCCAUGUAUAUAGCACUCUUUCCGUAUGCCCUAAGAUAUAAAUCAUUGUUCAAAGAGUUCCAGUUGACAAAGAUUUUAUACAGAUCUAUAUCUAAACCAGUAUUUCAAACCAAUGAAAAGUAAUUAGUUUUCUAAUAACACAGUGCGUCGUUUUAUGUGACUUUAGCAGAGUGCUUAAGCCAGUAAUGCUCAGCGUAUCUAACGUUAUAUUUUUAGUGAAACUCCGUGUCAUACUCAUGUGUAUUAUAAUAAUGUAUUGCAGCGUGUAACGAAACAACAAUCAAAGAUACGAAAGAAGGAUACUUAAUAACAACCUAUCUUAGCCACUUUUAGCAGUAUGUAAGUAGCCACUUUGAGGCAAAUCGUAUUUAAUUUCACAAUCGCUCUUUGUCAUCCAUCCCCAACCCCACCCUUCAUUUUUUGUCUUUUUACGGUGGUAUUAUUACUUGUAGAUAUAUAUUUGCGGCUACUGGAAGCGGAUUGUUCGGUACUUGAAUGCGCUCUGAACAUUAUUUGCAGUUACCGAGCUAGAUCUAUCCAUUUUCGAUAGUGGCGUUUUAGAGUCGCGACAAGUCGUCGGACGUGGCGAUUCCAGUACUUUUUUGAUUAAGUUUAUUUAGGUGACGAUUAAGAUUUUUGUACAUUGAUCUGAGUUAUAUCUAUUGUAAUGAAUAGAUAUACGCCCACAGUAUUCUGUGUAUUGAGACACAAAACCCAAUUCAGAUUUCUUUUGUUUAUGAAAAUUAUUAUUUUGAGCUAUUGAAAUAUUAUUACAUAUGAAUUGAAGUUUCUCCCCACACGAAAUAGUGGCGAGAAAUGAUCAAAAUAGAACUUCCAGCAUUUCUCGAGGACUUUUUUGUACUUUGAGCGUUGACAAAGCGAAAGUAACGUUUAAACGCUUAUUCGAAAAGUGGCUCGACUAUAGACUUGAACAAUAGGUACAUUGUAGUUCGAUACUCGCAGGACUUAAUUCGAAGAGAGGAGCGUUUGUAACUAUAGAUAGUCGUUUAUCGUGCGAUAACGAUCAAUAAAUUUAUGUUUUUGGACAAUUUUUGGUUUGUUUUGGAGGAUUUGGCUGCGACUUGUGUCGGCCACGUACCAAAAUAAUCAUGUCUGGCGACCUAGCAUUUUGUUGGGCAUGAAUUGUAUAAAUGAAAAUUGCGAAGCGAGGAAGCAAAACUGCGUAAAUGUAGAGAGAAAUAUUCACUGUUGCAUUGCCUUAAUCGGUAUAUCAUUCCACGAGUUGGGUAAACGUAAACUAAAUAAUUGUGUAAUGAGAGAGGAGUGUGAAUCUUCUCUCGACUUGCCCCGCGCGAUCGGCGCAACGAUCUGAAAAUUGCCCCGCCGUAGCAAACAUUAUUUACAGUUGGCUCUUAUAAAUUAUCAUCAAUGUGUUCCUGACUACAACAAUAAGAACAACAAUAGAAAGAAAGCAGACUUUGCAUCUCCACGAAAUCCAAGUAUUUUUGGUUAAUUAGAACGUAAGGUGUUUAAGAGUACGUUACUUUAAGAUGUGUCAAGUAAAGCAUGCUUAUAGGUAGAAAUAUAGGAUAAUGCUAUAACAAUAAUUAUAUUAUAAUUACCGAUAAUUACAGAUUAAGGCAUUUAAUGAAUGCUAAGUAUUUCUUAAUAAAAGUACAUUUAAAACAAA